AUGCCUUCUCGCGAGCGAUUUCUCGCCACUGGCCUGGUGCCGACCAAAACGACCAUCGAGCCAGAAUGCCCGAUCUGCCACGAUACAUAUGACAAUCCCGUCACAGUCCCCUGCCCAGCCAAACACGCUUACUGUCGUGAGUGCAUUAAAUCAUGGCUCGAUGAUGCAGAGCAUAACACAUGUCCCUUCUGCAGAGCAGUCCUCUUCCCGUUCAAGCCUUCGGGUAUGGAGUUCGACCCUACGGACGCCAGAUGGGAGGGUGCAGUAGCGGAAGCACAGCGCCUCUUGCAGCGUCGAGAGAUCAUUACACCGCUCUCCACGGAUCGCCUCCCCAUUCAAGCAAUUGGACUAAUGCAUGCUACUAACUGGCUUCUUGGAUAUCGACCAGGCAACGUCAAUGAUGGACACGUCGUUGACAUUCCCAGCCUUAACGGCCCCAUCACUGUCAACGGACUUGGAAGCAUCAGCUUCCAUGCAUUGUCUUACCGUAUAGUAGCCAUGGGACACAUGAUCCCGACCAUGUACGAGACGAUCGGACAACCGUGGACCCAGGUUCAGCUUGAGCAAUGGAUCUCGAUCAUGCAGGAGAUUCCUGGUGUGUUGAAGGCAUUUGAUGCCCGAGGCACUAUGCGAGCGGAUGAUCUUCCCAAUCUUAUGUGCGCUGCACUCAGCUGGCGUCUCGAAGCUGCUGGGACCGACAUCGAGCACAGUCCGUUCUUCUCCGUUGACGAACACAGCAACUACGGCCACAGUCUACCUCUCGACCACCUCCUCAAGUACAUUGCAUUUGAGACUUGGCUGGCGCAGAAGCAGAGAGAGAAGAACUUUCCUGUAGAGAAGUGCACUGUCAUGUAG